AUGUCCCAUCCGACAGGUCGCAUUGCCAGUACGGGCAUUGAACUCCUAACAUGGGGAACGCCAAAUGGUCAUAAAGCAAGCAUAUUGCUUGAGGAGCUCAAGGAAAAGUAUGGUCUGGAGUAUACCUUCCAGGCCAUCGACAUCAACAAAAACAUCCAAAAGGAGCCAUGGUUCACAAAACUUGGACCGAAUGGACGCAUCCCUGUCAUUGUUGAUCAUGAUAAUGAUGGGUUCAGUGUACAAGAGGGGGCCGAUCCAAAGGAUAUUUCACGCACGGAGCAAUGGAUUUCGUGGCAGCAUGGUGGUCUUGGCCCUAUGCAAGGUCAGGCCAACCACUUCUACCGGUUUGCGAAAGAGCGCAUUCCAUACCCCACCCAACGUUACGUUGGCGAAACGGAGCGGCUCUACGGCAUUCUCGACUCACAUCUCAGUGGUCGUGAUUAUCUAGUCGGCCCAGGGUCUGGAAAAUACAGUGUGGCCGAUAUCGCCAGCUUCGGUUGGGUCAAUUUCUCAUACAUGGCAGGAGUCCGCCUGGAAGAUUUUCCAAACCUGCAAAGGUGGUGGGCACGAAUCGAGGCAAGACCAGCUGUCAGGAAAGGGACAAGCGUCCCAUCCGAAAGCCAGAAUGUGAAUCGAAAAUUCAAGGAGAGGCUCCAGUCACCGGAGUUUAAGGAACAAGAAGAGCAUCUGAAAGAUCUGUGUAGGGAUGCAAAGACGAACUUGACGGUUGCACUCGUCCGAGCACCCCCACCAAAUUGGCCACUACCACUCGCAAACAAGAACUGGACUGGCAUUACCAUUAACCUUACUGAGGCAGUCGACGCGGGUAUCGGCUACGUCAACGAGGCGAAGUCUCACGGAGCCGGCUUGGUUUUAUUUCCAGAACUAUGGUUUCCAGGAUUUCCAAAGGGCCGUGAAAGCAAUCAGUGGAAUGUGACGCACCUUGCGUCAUACGUCGACAACUCGAUGGUCGUUGGCGGCCCGGAAUGGAAUCGGUUAAUCGCGGCCAUUACGAACGCGGGGAUUUGGGCAGGGUUGGCAUUUGCCGAGAGAGCGGGUGACCGCAUCUAUAUGGCUCAGUCAUUGAUCAGUCCAUCGGGGGAGGUGGUCAUCCACCGCCACAAACUAAGGCCUUCGGGUUCCGAGCGGGAUAUGUUCAGCGAUGGGACCAUCGACAUGUUCAAAGUCAUCAACAUCGAAAUUGGACGCAUUGGCAUGUUGGAAUGUGCAGAACAUUGGUACCCAAGCAUGACAUUUCCGAUGCAAGCGCAGAGAGAACGCCUACACAUCGCCCCCUUCCCCUACGUUGUUGAUGAUGACGAGGCUAAUGAAUCACACUGGUUCAAGUCUCAUAUCAUUACUCACGCCACAGCGCUGUAUGCAUUACUAAGUGGAUCGUACGUCUUCGCACCAGCUGUCGGGUACUCAUACAUUCUGGACCCUACUACCGCGGUUGUUGCUGUAGUCAAUGCCUCAGUCAGCAUGACCGAACUCCCUAUACUCUACCACACUUUGAAUACCACGGGUUUCAAUGAUGCGCCAACGUACGACCCGAGCGCACAAGUAUCGUGGGAUGUGCUGCAGCAAAUCAACUCCGCAUUUCCGGACUACAUUCCCCACGAACAAGGCAACCUUGUCCCGCACAGAGAGGUUUCGGCUGCGUGGUUGAAAACUGGCGAAAUAGUCUGGUCAGAGUAG